GGUAACACUAAAUUCCGCAUAAAAUUGGCGCCUUUUUAUGUUUGCAACAAGCAAUUUUCCGCCUCUUGUGAAAUUCAGCAGUCAACAUGUUGAAGAAUAAAUCUAUGAAAACAUCCAAGUUAUAUGUCAUCAAAAGAGAUGGCAGGCAGGAGGAGGUGCACUUUGAUAAAAUAACCUCAAGAAUCCAGAAGCUUUGCUAUAACUUGAACAUGGAUUUUGUUGAUCCUGUCGCCAUUACACUGCAAGUUAUCAAUGGUCUGUAUUGCGGCGUCACUACUCAGGAGCUGGACAACUUAGCUGCGGAAAUCGCAGCUGGAUUAACCUGUAAUCACGCCGACUAUGCGAUUUUGGCUGCUCGCAUCGCAGUCUCUAACUUGCACAAGGAAACCAAGAAGGUUUUUUCCGAUGUCUUCGAAGAUCUGUACAACCAUGUGAACAAGGAAACGGAUCAGAAGGUGCCCUUAGUAUCGGAAUUCCACUACAAUGUGGUCAAAAAGCACGCAACUCGCUUGAACUCUUCUAUAAUCUACGACCGCGACUUUGGGUAUAACUAUUUUGGGUUCAAGACCCUCGAACGUUCCUAUCUGCUGAAGAGAAACGGAAAAAUCGCUGAGCGUCCGCAACAUAUGUUGAUGCGCGUGGCGAUCGGAAUCCAUGGAGAGGAUAUAGAUGCAGCCGUGGAAACUUAUAACCUCUUGUCGGAGCGAUACUUCACUCAUGCGUCGCCAACGCUUUUUGCCGCUGCCACAAAUCGCCCGCAGCUGUCGUCUUGUUUCCUCUUGACCAUGACAGCCGACUCCAUCGAGGGCAUUUUUAAGUCCGUGGAGCAGUGCGCCAUGAUCUCGAAGUCGGCCGGCGGCAUUGGACUUAACGUCCAUUGCAUCCGAGCAAAGGGCACCUCGAUUUGCGGCACGAACGGCACUUCCAAUGGCCUGGUUCCCAUGUUGAGGGUCUUCAACAAUGUGGCGCGCUAUGUCGAUCAGGGAGGCGGCAAGCGUCCCGGUGCCUUUGCCAUUUACCUGGAGCCCUGGCACUCGGACGUCUUUGAGUUCCUGGAACUUAAGAAGAACACCGGCAAGGAGGAGAAUCGCGCCCGCGAUCUGUUCUACGCCCUGUGGAUACCCGAUCUCUUUAUGAAGCGCGUCGAGGCCAAUGGAGAUUGGUCACUAAUGUGUCCGCAUAAAUGCCCUGGCCUUCACGAUGUGUGGGGCGAUGAAUUCGAAAAGUUGUAUGAGAAGUAUGAGCAAGAGGGUCGUGCCAACCGAACGGUUAAGGCUCAAUCCUUGUGGUUCGCCAUUAUUGAGGCACAGGUCGAAACUGGAAACCCCUACAUGCUGUUUAAGGAUGCCUGCAACAGGAAGAGCAACCAGCAGAAUGUCGGCACCAUCAAGUGCAGCAACUUGUGCACAGAAAUCGUGGAGUACUCCUCUCCGGACGAGAUUGCAGUCUGCAACUUGGCAUCCAUCGCCCUCAACAUGUUCGUCACUCCCGAGAAGACAUACGAUUUCAAGAAACUUAAGGAAGUUACCAAGACGGUUACCAAGAAUCUUAACAAGAUCAUCGAUAUAAACUUCUACCCCCUGCCAGAGGCAAAGAAAUCCAACUUGAGGCAUCGUCCCGUGGGCAUCGGUGUCCAGGGAUUCGCUGACGCCCUAAUUCUUAUGCGUUUCCCCUAUGAAAGUGAAGAAGCCGGUCUCUUGAAUCAGCAGAUAUUCGAAACCAUCUACUACGGCGCCCUGGAAGCCAGUUGUGAACUGGCCCAGAUCGACGGCCCAUAUGAAACCUAUGAGGGAAGUCCCGUGAGCAAAGGCAUUCUGCAGUACGACAUGUGGGACAAAGUGCCGACAAACCUUUGGGACUGGCAGAAACUGAAGGAGUCCAUCAAGCAGCACGGUGUCCGGAACUCCCUGUUGGUUGCGCCUAUGCCCACUGCGUCCACUGCCCAAAUUAUGGGCAACAACGAAUCUUUCGAGCCGUACACAACGAAUAUUUAUACCAGGCGAGUUCUGUCUGGCGAAUUCCAAGUGGUUAACCAUCAUUUGUUAAGGGACCUAACGGAGCUGGACUUGUGGGACGACGACAUGAAGAACCAAAUCAUUUCCAGCAGGGGCUCAAUCCAGAAUAUUGAGGCCAUCCCCCAGAAGGUCCGCGAUCUGUACAAAACAGUGUGGGAAAUCUCAGUGAAGUCGACCAUUAAGAUGGCCGCAGAUCGAGGAGCGUUCAUAGAUCAGAGUCAGUCGUUCAACAUUCAUGUGGCAGAGCCAAACUAUGGAAAACUCACGUCCAUACACUUCUAUUCCUGGAAAGCUGGUCUCAAAACUGGAAUGUACUACCUGCGCACAAAGCCAGCUGCAAACGCCAUUCAGUUCACCGUGGAUAAGAACCAGGGCGCGUUAAAGGUAAAUGGCCAAAAUGGCACUUCUGAGGGAAGCCCCCAGAAGUACGAAUCGGAAAGGGAACGAAAAAUGGCCGACAUGGUUUGUUCCCUUGAAAACAAGGACGCUUGCAUGUCCUGCGGCUCCUAGAAGCAGGCACCUAAGUUAACAUUUAUUUAAUUGUAUUAUGUAAUCACAACCUUGAAAUAAACAUAAAUUAUGGAACCGUAACAA